AUGGCAUCAGGUAUACCAUUGGAUGCAGGAGCUUUAAUGUCGACAGUGCUGGAAGGCAUCCUAUAUGGCCUUUCGAUACUCUUGUUCAUCGGUACCAUUUGGUCUUUGACCUACAAACGUCACAAACAAGAUAUUAAUCUCCCAAUUCUCAUCGUGGCAGUUCUGCUGCUAAUACUGAGUACUGCUCAUAUGGUUGUGAAUAUUGUUCGAGUUGAAGAUGGACUAGUGACAAAUCGCUAUGAGUACCCAGACGGACCAUCAGAAUAUUUUGCAGAUGUUUCACAGAAGACUUAUGUGAUAAAACAUUUGUUCUAUGUGAUGCAAACUCUCCUAGCUGACGGUGUGGUGAUUUAUCGUUGCUAUGUUGUUUGGCAAUCUGUUUGGAUUGUCGUCCUACCAAUCAUUCUGUGGUGCAGUGUUGCAGUAACUGGUCUCAUUGCAAUUUACAGUGUCUCGCAAGCCAGUACUGGUGAUGGGAUCUUCGUCAAAGCACUUGCACAAUGGGUCACAGCAUUUUUUGCCUCGACAAUUGCAACCAACUUGCUGAGUUCAGGAUUAUUGGCAUAUCGCAUCUGGAUUAUCCAACGUGGUGUCUCUGGGGUUCACAAUACGUCGAGGAACACUGUGAUGCCGAUAGUGCGUGUGCUCGUGGAUGCCGCUAUUCUGUACUCUGCAGCGUUGUUGACUGCAUUAAUACUGUUUGUCUCCGGAAACAAUGGACAGGAUGCUGUCGUAGACAUGGCCAUGCCGAUCAUGUCGAUUGCCUUCUACAUGGUGCUUAUUCGCAUCGCACUUAACAAAAAACAGCACAGUUAUGUGUCGACGCAGACGAGCAUCAGUAUUCCUAGACGACCAGAACGCGCACAACAACAAUAUGCUAUGAGGCCUCUACAGGUCCAUGUAUCCAAGUUCACACAUCAGGAGCGACCAUCGUCAAGCAAGGAUUCUAUGAAAGGAACAUCUCCACCUUACGACGUGUAA